UUGAGUUAUGGGCUGGGUCACUGGAAAGGAAAGUGUGGUCCAGAGUAAGCUAGGCUCCAUAAGUUCCUACAUGACGGUCUCUGUGUACACAUGUAAGAAGUGCUCGUAAGGGAAGAUUGUGAGACUCAUUUAUCAAUUCAGACGCCUUAUCAAGGACACAGGCAAAAAUUGAUUUUCUCAGGAUAGUGGUGAGCUUAUACAACUCCUGAUACAUUCCAUUCUGGACAUCACAUCUUCAGCUUUGGACCUAAAGAUCACAAGACGCAUUUAUCUUUAGAGCAACUUUUGCGGGGGUCCUGCCGGGAUCUGUCCCUCUUCUGUGGUCUGAUGGUAGUUUGGCCUGCUUCUUGUUGGAGAGUUUGGGCAUCAAGGCAGCAUGUUGAGGUGUUUGCUACAGAGGGCAACCAACCUGAGAAAUGUAGAAAAGGGGGAGAGGCAUAGUGACCCACUUGCUAGCAUCACUUUCAGAGGGACAAAAAAGAAGACCAAAGUCAUCAAAAAUAAUGUCAAUCCUGUCUGGAACGAGGGCUUUGAGUGGGACUUGAAGGGAGUUCCUUUAGAUUCUGCAGCAGAGCUUCAUGUUGUUGUCAAGGACCAUGAGAAAAUGGGCAGAAAUAGGUUUCUGGGGGAGUGUCGAGUAGCUCUUCGAGAUGUGCUCAACUCUCCAAACCUAGCUGCUAAUUUCACCGUGUCCCUGGUAGACACCAAAAGGAACAGCACAGGGGCCACAGUAACCCUGCAGGUUUCCUACAUCCCUCCUCCAGGGAUGGCACCCAUCUUCCAGCCUCCUCCACAGCCAGAGGCCCAGCACACCCCAGUGGAGCUGGACACAGUUACAGUUUUCUCAUUGGACACUUUGGGCGAGGAGGACACUGAGAGCAUGCUGAUGAUGGAGGUGGUGGAGGAGCCUGAACCUACUCCAGGGCCACAGGGGCAAGACAUCGGGGCCCCUACAGCACCACCCAAAAAGGCUCCACCAAACUUUAACCACGGCCUUAAGAAAAAGAAACGCCACGGAAACAAAUCCCCCCUUUCUGACAAACCCCAGGACCUCCAGGUACGGCUGCGCAUCAUUGAGGGAAGACAGCUCCCUGGUGUCAACAUUAAACCAGUUGUCAAGGUUACAGUCGGAGGACAGACGAAGAGAACACGCAUCAGGAAGGGCAAUAAUCCAUUUUUUGAUGAGACGUUCUUUCUAAACUUCUAUGAGAAACCUUCAGAUCUUUUUGAUGAACCUAUUUUUAUAACCGUAUUUGACUCCAAGUCACUACGGAAAGACUCUGUCAUUGGAGAAUUCAAGCUGGAUGUUGGCUUGGUGUAUAAUGAACACCGACAUGCUAUUCUCAGGAAAUGGUUGUUGCUGUCAGACCCUGAUGAUCUUUCUGCAGGAGCCAGAGGUUAUUUGAAGGUCAGCAUGUUUGUGCUGGCCGCAGGUGAUGAACCUCCGAUGGAUAAGAAAGAGGGUGUGGAAGAAAAAGAGGAUAUAGAGGGGAACCUGUUGAGACCAGCUGGUCUUACCCUGAGGGGCGCCUCGUUUACUCUCAGGGUGUACAGGGCAGAAGAUCUGCCUCAGAUGGAUGAUGCUCUCAUGGAUGGUGUCAAACAGUUCCUUGGUUUUGAAACCAAUCGUAAGAACCUGGUGGAUCCAUUGGUGGAGGUCAACUUUGCAGGAAAAACGAUUAGUAGUAAGAUUCUGGAGAAAAACGCCAACCCUCAGUGGAACCAGAGCCUCACGCUGCCCAUCAGGUUUCCAUCCAUGUGUGAAAAGAUGAGGAUACGCAUUUUAGAUUGGGAUCGUGCCAGCCACAAUGAUGUUAUUGGCACUACACACUUGUGUAUGUCCAAAAUCUCAGCCCCUGGAGGAGAUAUUGAAGAUGAGUUCCCUCCCAGGACCUUCCACGGCACCAUGGACGACACUAUAGGCUUUCUUCCGACCUUUGGCCCCUGCUAUGUCAACAUGUAUGGGAGCCUUCGAGAGUUCACAGCCUUCUCAGACCCGCAUGAGACACUAAACCUGGGAAAGGGAGAGGGUGUGGCCUAUCGAGGACGUGUGCUGUUAGAGCUCAUUACAAAGCUGUCUGAUCAGGUGGAGCAAAAGAUUGAAGAUAUACACCCGGAUGACCUGCUGGUGGUAGAGAAAUUCAUGCGGAAGAGGAAGUUCUCCCUCUUUGCUGCAUUCUACUCAGCAACUCUUCUUCAGGAUGUGGAUGAUGCAAUUCAUUUUGAAGUCAGUAUUGGUAACUACGGCAACAAGUUCGACAACACCUGUAUGCCUCUGGCUUCCACCACACAGUUCAGCAGGGCUGUGUUUGAUGGCUGCCAUUACUACUACCUGCCAUGGGGAAAUGUGAAACCUGUGGUGGUCUUGUCUUCAGAGUGGGAGGAUAUCAGCCCUCGCAUAGAGGCCCUGAACAUGCUGCUCAGCAUAGUUGACCGACUGGAAUCAAACCUGGAGCAGGUACAGCUGGAGCUCAAAGCAAGAAGUGACGAACAGGAAGUGGAGGAGAGGGUUGUCCAGCUGCUUGAUGACGUCAUAGCCGACUGCAGUGAGGAGCUCCCCGAGGUGGAUAAAUGGCCCUGUGCGACUCCGUUGGAUAAAGCUCUGAGGAAUCUGCGCAAGAUUAACAUGCAGCAGAUAGUGCAGGUGGCACUGGCACUCAAACACGGACCAGAGACCGAGCUGAGUGCAGUGCUGGAGCAGGCUGAGGACUGGGCCAUGAGACUACGUAACCUCGCUGAGGAGCCCCAGAACAGUCUUCCAGAUAUAAUAAUCUGGAUGCUUCAGGGAGACAGACGAGUGGCCUACCACAGAAUUCCCGCCCAUCAAGUUCUCUUUUCCCAGGGUUACUGUGGCAAGCAUUGCGGCCAACUUCAAACAGUUUUCAUGAAGCAUCCGCAGGAGGACGUGGGAUGUAGUAAGAUCCCAGCUCAGAUCAGGGUCAAGCUGUGGUUUGGACUCGCUGCUGAUGUCAAAUCCUUUAACCAGUUUGCAGAGGGCAAACUCUCUGUGUAUGCAGAAACGUAUGAGAACCAGACUAAACUGGCCCUGGUGGGGAACUGGGGUACGACGGGUCUGACGUACCCCAAGUUCAGCGAUGUGACUGGCAGAAUCAAACUGCCAAAGGAGAGCUUCAAACCCUCUCCAGGAUGGAGCUGGGCAGGAGACUGGUACGUCAGCCCAGAGAAAACAAUGCUCUACGACGCUGAUGCAGGUCAUACAAGCUUUGUGGAGGAGGUGUUUGAAAAUCAGAUGCGUUUGCCAGGAGGACAGUGGAUCGGCAUGUCGGAGGGAUACACAGAUGUGAAUGGAGAAAAGGCCGUGCCUAAAGAUGAGAUCGAGUGUCCCCCCGGCUGGGUGUGGGAGGAUAUUGAGUGGAGCGAGGAUCUGAAGCGUGCGGUGGAUGAUCAAGGGUGGGAAUAUGGAAUAACCCUCCCCCCGGACCGCCGGCCAAAGUCCUGGGUUCCAUCCGAGAAGAUGUACCACACCAACCGCCGGAGACGUUGGAUCCGACUCCGCCGUAGAGAUAUGCUGAAAAUGGAGGCGCUCAGAAAACAGCGUCCGGACGAGUCAGAGCGCGAGGGCUGGGAGUAUGCCUCUUUAUUUGGCUGGAAGUUUCACCUCAAGCAGAAAAAGACGGACUCCUUCCGUCGCCGCCGCUGGAGAUGUCGCAUGGAACCAUUAGAAAAGACGGGGCCGGCGGCCAUUUUUGCCUUGGAGUGUUCGCUGAGCAGUGUUACUGAUGAAAAAAAUGAUGAUAAAUCAAUUACAACAACCUUUGGUGUCAACCGCCCAACCAUAUCCUGCUUCUUUGAAAAUGGGACCCUUUAUCAUUUGCGAUGUUACUUGUAUCAGGCCAGAGACCUGAUGGCAAUGGAUAAGGACAGUUUCUCAGAUCCCUAUGCCAUUGUGUCCUUCCUGCAUCAGAGUCAGAAGACGGUGACUGUUCGGAACACACUCAAUCCCACCUGGGACCAGACCCUCAUCUUCUACGAAGUGGAAAUAUUUGGAGACUGCCAAGUGACUGAGAAGAGCCCUCCACACAUUGUGGUGGAGCUGUACGAUCAGGACACCUAUGGUUCUGAUGAGUUUAUGGGCCGCUGUGUUUGCCAGCCUUCAAUGGUGUCUUCCCCUCGCCUCGCCUGGUAUCCCAUCCAGAAAGCUGGGAAGGCUGCUGGAGAACUGCUUGCUGCUUUCGAGCUUAUUCGUAGAGAAAAACCUGCAGUUCAUCACAUCCCAGGUCAAGAGGGGGAUAUUAUACCACCCUCACAUAUCAUGAAUGAGCUUGUGCUUCCAGGGUUCCUCUCUGACAGUCAACAGCAAUGGUCAGAGGACUCUGAUUUGCCCUAUCCACCACCACAGAGGGAACCCAAUGUCUACAUGGUGCCACAGGGGAUAAAACCUGUCCUACAGCGCACUGCUAUUGAGAUACUGGCAUGGGGUUUGCGUAACCUGAAGAGUUUCCAGCUGGCCAGUGUGACAUCUCCCAGCCUUCAGGUGGAAUGUGGAGCAUAUGUGGUUCAGUCGUGCGUCAUUCGAAAUUCUAAGAAGAACCCUAACUUUGACGUCAACACCCUCUUCAUUGAUGUUCGACUGCCCAAGGAAGAGCUCUAUAUGCCCCCAUUGGUGAUCAAGGUUAUAGACAACCGACAGUUCGGCAGGAAGCCUGUGGUGGGCCAGUGCACAGUCCACUCACUGAAUGAUUUUCGCUGUCAGCCAGAGAGCCUGGAGAGAGAUCCUACCGAAGAGGAAUUUGAGGCAAUUGCUCAGACCCCUAGAGAUGAAGUUCUGAUUGAUAUCGAUGAUAAGGAGCCUCUCAUUCCUGGACAGGCAGACGGCACCAGCUCUGCCAUUAUUAACAUAUCGCCUUCUCAGUCCAGCCUCCAUCAGGAUGAAUUUAUGGACUGGUGGAGCAAGUUUUAUGCCUCCACAGGUGAGAGGAACAAGUGCGGAAGUUAUCUGGAGAAGGGCUUCGAUACACUGCAGGUAUAUGACAGAGAACUGGAGAAAACUGAAGGCUUUGAGCAGUUUGCUGAUUUCUGUCAAACAUUUAAACUUUACCGUGGAAGGACCCAGAAUGAGAGUGAAGACCCUUCUGUUGUUGGAGAGUUCAAGGGUUCAUUUAAGAUCUAUCCAUUGCCUGAUGAUCCCUCUAUGCCUGUACCCCCACGCCGGUUCUGCAAACUCCCCCCGAACGGAAUAGAGGAGUGCCUGGUACGCGUCUACAUCAUCCAGGCCUAUGGCUUACAGCCCAAAGAUGCCAAUGGCAAGUGUGACCCCUAUGUUAAGAUCACACUUGGCAAGAAAUCAGUCGAUGACCACGACAAUUACAUACCCUGUACUUUGGACCCCGUCUUUGGAAAGAUGUUUGAGCUGACAUGCUCUCUGCCUCUUGAGAAGGACCUAAAGAUCAUGCUCUAUGAUUAUGACAUGGUCACUAAAGAUGAGAAAAUCGGAGAGACCGUCAUUGAUUUGGAGAAUCGCUUCUUGUCGCGCCAUGGUGCUCGCUGCGGCCUGCCACAGUCCUACUGUCUGUCGGGAGUUAACCAGUGGCGAGAUCAGCUAAAACCAUCCCAGUUACUUCAUCGUCUGUGCGAGAGGCGAAACUACAAACUGCCCGUCUACAAGCAAGAUAGAGUCUAUUUCAGAGGACAGGAAUACACCAUUGCAGACCUUGAUGAAGGGAAACCUCUAAACCCUUACCUGGGACCAGUGAUGGAGCGUCUAGCUCUGUUGGUGUUGAGAAGGCAGGGUCUGGUGCCUGAACAUGUAGAGACGCGACCCCUCUACAGCCCCCUGCAGCCAGAUAUAGAACAGGGGCGGAUACAGAUGUGGGUGGACCUGUUCCCUAAAUCUUUAGGUCCACCAGGACCUCCAUUCAACAUCACACCACGUAAAGCUAAAAAGUUCUUCCUGCGCUGUAUUAUAUGGAACACAAGAGAUGUUAUCUUGGAUGAUGUCAGUGUUACUGGGGAGAAGAUGAGUGACAUUUAUGUGAAAGGCUGGAUGCAGGGCCACGAAGAGAACAAGCAGAAAACAGACGUGCACUAUCGGUCGCUGGGAGGUGAAGGCAACUUUAAUUGGCGGUUCCUCUUCCCCUUCCACUAUUUACCUGCAGAACAGCUCUGCACCAUUGAUAAGAAGGAGCAUUUUUGGAGUAUGGAUAAAGUUGAAACAAAACUUCCUCCUAAACUUACUAUCCAGAUCUGGGACAAUGACAAGUUCUCCUUUGAUGAUUUUCUUGGCUCUUUGGAGAUGGACCUGAACCAUAUGCUGAGUCCAGCAAAGUCUCCAGAGAAGUGUGGCCUUGACAUGCUCUCUCAGUCCCAGGACAAAUUGGUGUCUUUGUUUGAGCAGAAGAGUGUAAAAGGCUGGUGGCCUUGCGUGUGUGACAGAGAAAACGAGAAGAUACUUGCUGGAAAGUUGGAAAUGUCACUGGAAAUCGUCUCGGAGCAGGAGCAGGACGAGAGGCCUGCAGGACACGGCAGAGAUGAGCCCAACAUGAAUCCUCAUCUAGAGGAGCCACAGCGUCCUGAGACCUCAUUCCUUUGGUUCUCGUCACCAUAUAAGACGUUUAGGUUCAUUGUAUGGAGGAGGUUUAAGUGGCUUAUUUUGGGCCUCUUUAUACUCUUUUUCAUUAUUCUCUUCCUUGGAGUCUUUCUCUACGCCUUCCCUAACUAUGCUGCUAUGAAGAUGGUUGGACCCUUCAGUGGAGUAGGAAAGGGAACACAGUGAGACUGUGAUGGGAAAAAGGACACAGACCCUCACGUUUCAAAACCAACCUCACCAAAAAUCCAUCCACGCAUCUUUGUCCGUCCUACUGGAGAGAUCUGCCUUACUCGUGCACAUGUGCAAGCCAAGAGAAAGCUGAAGACGGGCUGAGAUUAUUUGAAGCCUUGUGUGCGUGUGCCUUUAUGUGUUCGUUAGCCUGUUCUAGUGCUAUAUGCAUGAAAGUUGCAUAACAUCUGUGUGUGUUUGUACAUGUAUUACACAUCAAGCUCCCUGCCCUGUAUAUGACCCGGUCCUGAACUCUUUCAAUAUUCUCUUUAACUCCCACUUACACUUUCAUCUCCCUGCCUGUUUAAUCCUUUUCCAUGUCUCCUGUAAAACAGGGUUCUUUCUUCACAGCCAGAUGCUUCUUUCUUCUUCCUUCACGCAGAGAGAGGGAGACAGAGCCGCGUCGCAACAACUCCUGUCCAUUCGUUCCUCUCCUUUCCUUCCUUUAGGUUAAACGCUGAUUUGUACAGUUAGGCUGUAAGGUCCAAGACAGGCUGGUUAUUAGCUGAUCCCCCGCUGUCAGCAAGUCCACCUCUCUGAUUACUAUCACACUCUGUUAUUUUGCUUUAGCGAAAUCCCCACUAAAUGGGUUCGAGGUCAACUGUGGGUUGGCUAUAUCUGUGUGAAUGUAUAUAUGUUUGUGGAAUGUGGGCUGUGAAUGAGAACAAGAGAUAAAAGGCUUGUUUAUUUGUGUAAAUGUUACACUCGCGCCCCGGUGCCUUUUUGCUUUUUACUCUGUAAAGUGAAAAUGAACAGGCGCAUCUGGAAGAAGUUGCCAGACUUCUAAACUAAAUGCCUGUGAACGAGCUGUUACAUGACAAAAUACACAAAUUGCUUGUUUUCUCUUCAUGACCAAGUCAUAGGCUCCUUUUCUACCUAGUUAAGUGAGUAUAAACUGAUGUGGAGUCAUAGUUACUAAAACUGGAAUCUCAAAACUGUUACACAAGGGGCAUCUGUUGUCAACUUUGUGCAUUCUUACAUUACAUUUAUCUGAUGACAGGAAUCAUACUAUCUUCUCUAUGAACAGGAAAUGUCAAGAGAUUUGGAUUAAUCCGACCUAAUCUGUAGGAUUUCCAGGAUUGUUUACAUUUUAUUGUUAAAAAAUGUGGGUAAUGUAAAGAAGAAAAGAUUUGGUGUUUCCAUAAACGUCACUGAUUUGACAGUGAAGAGAAUGCAUUCCCAUCUCAGUCACAGAAAAUACAAGAAGAGUGAUUACAAUUUUUUUUUUUUUUUUUUUGUCUCAUUUAUAACACUAUUUUCUGCACAUCUGUGCAUGGAUCUACAAUAUCACUCAUUUAUGAAAGUAAAAUGAAUCAAAAAUCCUUGCAUUUAAGUAAAAACACUCUCUUGCCAAAUAUUGUACAGUAUAUAGCUGUAUAACUGCAUUUAUCCAAACACAAAUCCCCUCUGAGUUGAAAAAGUUGUCCUUCAUAUACAAGUUUCACAACAAGUCACUUAAUUUGACAAUCAAGAUGGAUAUUUCUGUUAUUGAACUUAUGAAUGAUAUUUUGCAGUUUUACUGUAAUGAUGCAUGUCGUCUAAUUGCCUUAAAGCUUCUGCUAUCAUGAAUUCACUGUGAUAAAUCAACUAUAUUUGUAUCUCAUGAGCACUGUAUGCUAUGAUCAAAUAUAUACCUAUAUAUAUUA